AUGUAUUUUAUGCGGAAACAGAGUCGUGAACAACAACUGAAAUUCAUCAAAUUGCGGAUGCCCAGUCAAAUCGAUGAUCUUCAUAACUACGUUUCACUUAUGUUCACUCCUACAAUUCCACAUUGUACAGUGGCGACAUUAAUUGGUCUGGCUAUUAAGGUGAAGAUGCUGCGCUGUCUGCCUUCUCGCUUCAAGAUUGACGUAUUUAUAACCCCCGGUUCGCAUCAGAGCGAAGCUGCUACGGUAAUGCAUGAAGUCGACACCUCCAUGCAGCAGAAGACGAACGCCAAUGACCUUCCGGCCUACCGCAAGCAUGAGCCAGUGGCUGUUCCUCAAUCUCAGGUGACAUGA